CCGUCCGAUAAAGCUAGGGUUUCAUCCUUUGGUAUAUAAUCGUCCUCGCAACCCCGCUUGCAAAACCUUAGUCGCGCGAACUCCCACCCCUGCCUCCUGCCCCCCUGCGAGAGCCGCCGCCGCCGCAGCCGCCGACCGCAGCCAUGUCUCUGAUCGCGGGUGAGGAGUUCCAGCACAUCCUGCGUCUGCUCAACACCAACGUCGAUGGGAAGCAGAAGAUCAUGUUCGCGCUGACCUCCAUCAAGGGUGUGGGCCGCCGCUUCUCCAACAUCGUCUGCAAGAAGGCCGACAUCGACAUGAACAAGAGGGCUGGAGAGCUCACGCCGGAGGAGUUGGACCGGCUGAUGCAUGUGGUGGCCAACCCGCGCCAGUUCAAGGUCCCCGACUGGUUCCUUAACAGGAAGAAGGACUACAAGGACGGCAGGUUCUCCCAGGUCGUCUCCAACGCCCUCGACAUGAAGCUCAGGGACGACCUCGAGAGGCUCAAGAAGAUCAGGAACCAUCGUGGUCUGCGUCACUACUGGGGUGUUCGUGUUCGUGGACAGCACACCAAGACUACUGGCAGGAGAGGAAAGACUGUUGGUGUCUCCAAGAAGCGAUAAGCUUUAUGUUGACCUCGCAUAUCUUGUCCCUACAUCUGUGUUGGUCAUUUGGAGAGUCUUAAUGAAGUGUCCCCGUUUAGACUAUAACCUUGGAUGAUGUUUUGCCCUAGAUACUAUUUUGCAGUUCUGCAACUUCAAUAUAUUGUAUCCUGAAUUCCUUUUUGAACUCCAAGAGUACUUUCGUUCCCAUGAUCCUGUUGUGGAUCGUCUCCUUUCAAUGUUUGAUGCAGAUGCAUGGCUUAGAGCUUAUAA